ACAGCGAUCAAACAUUUUAUUGUCAUUUGAACAAUAAUUAAAAUUGUAUACAAAAUUGAUUAAUGAUAUAUUUAAUAUGUGUUGAACUGAUUAUUUCAGUUCUAAAUUAUCGAAUGAAUUGGUAUAAUGUUCAACAAGACGGAAUAAGUGUUUAAGAUAUAUAAAGCAGGAGACGGACGGUAAACUUUAAUCGUAAAUUUAUCUAUUUUCAAACUCUUACAGUGUUUAAAGAUUGCUAAGGUGUUUGAAAAAUGACAGCUUAAACAUUUUACAACAGUGUUAUCAGACGGAGAGCUCAGGUCAAGUUCGUAUAGAAGUGUUUACGUUCCGCAAUAAACCGACUUUACUAAAACUGGAGAUCCGCUGAAGGUUUUGUCUGUACCGUUGAGGACUACUAUAUUGAUCUGGGGCCUACACAAAGAUAACGGUACGGGACGAACGCCGCAAGAGACGAUGUUUUGAAGUUUUAAUCAGUUGUGUAGUAGUGAUAGAGGAAAUAUCUGUGUUACUAGGCUAUCAGGGAUUUUUGAAAGUAUUAAAUAUGUGGAUUUAGUCUUUACAAUGUGUUUUAUACACAUUUCCUAAACAUUUUUGUUCAUAGAUUAUCACAGACUAGUUCAGCUGUAUAGUUCAAAGCAGUGGUAACUUGUCGUCUUGUAAUAAAGAUUUUGAAAAAGUGCAAUAAACUGAAUACAAAUUGGAGAAUAAACAUCGAACAUGGAUUCCAAAAGAAAACAAUAACAAUUAAAAUGGAUGAUACACAGAUGCCUCGUUCUACAGACGGACGGACAGCAUGGACCAUUGGCGUGCAGAAAACGUUGCUUUUAUUUUUGACAACUUUGAUAAUGUGUGUGCAGACGGAUAAGAUUCCAUUGCCUCGUUUUCAAGAUUUGCGUGCGCAUUAUCCGGGUUAUUCUCAUCAUGGCGGGCAAUAUAGAAAUCAUGAAUUGUAUAACUUGAUUGGCAUCGAGAGAAACAACAAUCUUCUUCUUCAUGAUACCAGUGCAUUAAGACUUUCAUAUAGCUUAAAUCAAAUAGGAGGAGUUCACUCCCUUGGCAAAGAGAUGAUACGUUUCUCACGGUUCGGGCAUGACAGUAUUGAGGGAAAAGACCAGCUGCAGUAUAUCUUUUUGCCAAUUUCAUACGGUCCUUAUCUCGCCGAUAAAUACGGUUAUCCCAACAUCUCAAAACUUCAUCAAAUUAACCCUGUGCAAACAAAACAUACAUUUUGGGGUAAACAAGGCAUCUUAAGAGUCAUUACGUACACGAAUCAUGGGAAUCAACCAAAAGGACAUGUUGCAUUGUGGGAUUGUUACCAUUUUCACCAAACAAAAGACUGGAUUGCACAAAAUUCUCUGUUAACUGUGGAGUUCUGGGAGUCACCAGAUUCUGAUUGCUCGAACGCUUCUGCAGAUAGUGCUCAGUCGAUUACAGUAAUACCUUCAGCACCAGUAAAAAGCGACCAAUCAAAAUUAGUGUUACAAAAUACGGAAAACCAAUCAAAAUUAACAAGUAUUUUGAAAAACAGUAGUAUUACAUCAAAAGCAAAAUAUCUAAAACACUUAAUUCUACCUUCCCAUGCGAGACAUUCUUCGAAGAAAAUGAAAUUGAAAAACAAUUUUCAUCAGUUUGGAAGUUAAAUUUAAGAGGUAGAGUUUGAAAUAUGUCUACCCCUAGAACAGUCAAAUAAUUACUUCGAUCUCCUAGUGUUUUUAUUUUCAUAUAAAAAGAUAGAAUCAAGAUGGAAUUCUUGACAGAAGGGUGUGUGUACUUUGAAAAAGUUAGUUAAUGAUAAAAGAGCAUGCAAAUAAAAGACACAUAAAUACAUUGUGUCUGAAUACAGUAUAGGCGUGCUUAACUCUCAUAAAUUUACAAACAAUCUUCCAAUAAAGGAGUCUUCCAAUCUGGCAGCAUUUAGCAAUUGAUAGUUAAAGGGAGGUAACUGUCAAAUAAAUGUGGUGGAAAAAAUACAUCCACAUUUUCUGAUAGUAUAAAAUCAUUGUACAAAACUAUUGCUUAUAUUUAAACUUAUAUCUAGUCAGUAUUGUUUAUGUUUGCUUAUUUGUUACUUUUCUGAACGUGUGCUUUUAUUGUUUCUGGUACGUCUGCUGAUCGUGGCAUAGUUACAAAUGUUAACGAAUAUACAUUAAGAAAAUUUGCACCUUUCCGUACUUUUAUGAAACUUUCAAGAUUUCUUUUUUUUUGUCAGUAACAAAGUCAUUAUUUUUGCUUUGCUGUUGUGUAAACUGUUUUGUCGUCUGCCACUGAGCACAUGUCUAGCUUUAUAAAGAUGUUUAUGAGUUUUUUAUUGGGCUGGAUUAGAAACAAUCUUGCAAUCUAAAGGUAACAUUUGAUGGUACAAUGCAAUUCUUUCCAAUGGAAAAUGAUUUCCGAGAAAAUCGACAUCGGAUGACUUUUUAAAGUCGAAUUCACAUAUGAUUGAGUAAAACAAGAUCAGCUUCAACUGUAGCAACAUCUGGUGUUUACAGCUCCAGUUUAUAAUCGCAAAUGAGUUAUAACAAACGUGCUAAUACAAGUGAGAAGCUGAUGUCUCUUGUUUUCAACUUACACAAUAAUACAGUAUAAAUGUCAGUAUUUCUAUUAUCAUGUACAUAUAUAAUACAUAUAUGAAGAUGUGUUUUUGAAUAAAACUAUCUUAUCUAUUACAUUACAUUACAUUGAGCUAUUGUUAGAUUUGUCAGAUCUGGCUAUAUCACGGGCAUUGUUUGUUUAUAAGAUUACACAGAUAUGUAAAACGACUGAUAAAAUAAAAAUGUAGUAUUUGUGAAUAUACUUACAUGAUUUUUUUUAUUGAAGACGAAAUAUUUAGUUAUUUAGUUAUAAAGUAAAAUUCAAGUUUUAGUCGGCAAAGUAAGUGUUAUAGAUUAAGUAUGAUAAAGAAUUGUUAAUUACCUAAACAUACACAGGGAACCUUCACUUUUUUUCUUUUUAAGAAAAAGGAAACAUAGAUAUUUAAGCUUGUCAACAUUUCAAUACAAUUUCUUUUGAAUUUCGUUAGAGAUUUUUUCAACAUAUACAGUUUUGCUGUAUUUUACAUAUAGAUAUAGCAUAUACUGUUUUUUAUUGACGCUGAUAUAUCUACAGUACUUUAUAUACACUCAUAUAUGACAAGACGAUAUACUUAAUAUGUUCUACAAAGAUAUUAAGAAAUCUCUGGACCAUAAAAUGUUUUUUGUAAGUAAUAAAGGUGACGUAUACACUCAUAAAGUCAUGCUUCAUAAUAUAAUUUUGAUAUUUUGUGAUUAUCAAUUACUUACAGAUACAUUCAUUUAACAAUAUUGUACAGCUCGAAUAUCAACGUGCAGUGAACUGAAAAUAGAAACUACAUGUAUAUUCUAAAUAUUAUCAUUUAAAGUGGCGGGGUGGUAGAGUGGUUAACGAGUCGGAUUAGUCUCAUGGGUUCAAACCCCAUCAGGGGCAAGCCGUUGUUUCCUCAGGCAAGAAACUUAACACUCUUUGGUGGUUCCAGGAGAGUGUUUCAAUAAGCUUAUAGCUUCCAACACAUUCGAACUAAAACAACUCGGUAUCAACUAAAUAGUAUCAUGUUUGUUUAAGUAAAAUCUGUAAGGGAUUCUUUGUUAUCAUUAUAGUUACUUUUCAUAGAUACUUUCAAUGUGCCAUUAUUUGUUGUAUAAGUACAUGUAUUAUAUAUUUUCCCUGUAAUGGUGAUUAUAAGAUUAUUAUGUAUUGUUUUCAUGGUAAUUUUCACAACGAAGACUGAAUCAAAAAAUAAAUAUUUAAGAUAUAUAA